AUGCGAGUCACUGGUUACUUUCGGCUAAGCGUGAAUUAUGCUACCCAUCUUCCUAGAAGUUUCUGUUUUCCAAAACUCGAGAGCCUUCAUCUCUCUGGAAUCCGUUUUACUGAUGAUUGCUGCUGGAAUGAGCAACACUUUUCUAAUUGCCCUGUCCUUGAAAGUUUGACUUUGGAAGACUGUACUUGGUUUGACGUGACGAAUUUCUGCAUAUCAAUUCCUACACUGAAAUUUUUAGAAAUUUUAAACUUGAGAGAAGAUGGUUUAUUUAACUUGGCAUAUACUGAAAAUGGUUUACGAAACUGUGCUCUCAAAAUUGAUGCACCAAAUCUAGAGUCACUUGUCUAUUGUGGUAGUUUGGCGAAGGAAUAUGUUCUUUCCAGCUUUCAAAGACUAGAAUUUGCUGAAGUUUUUCUUGGUGGAUACGAUGGUGAACAACCAAUAGGUUAUGGUGCAGCAGCAACAACUAACUUGCCUCAUGAUUUGGACGAGUUGUUCCUGAAAGAAGGAAAAACCACUGAUAAAUCACUAUUUCUAUGGCUCAAAGCACUUCCUAAUUUGAGGUGUCUCUCUCUUGAAGAGAGCUGCGUUGCCGACAAUAUUGAAGAAGAACACAGUUGCGCUGAUCAUAUGUUGUUUGCUGCUGGAUGCAUCUUUCAACACCUAGAGACAGUUUACAUUGGGCCUUACAGUGGGAACGGGAGGCUGAUGAGAUGGGUGAAACUGAUAUUGAAGACUGCAAAUGCUUUGAAAGCUGUGAUACUUCGUCUAAGAAGUGGUGAUGCGAUAAAUAAAGAAGCACUAAUGUCAGACUUACGAAGUCUUCCUAGAGCCUCCCAUGGAUGUGAGUUUGGGUUUAUAGAGUUAGGGUACUGA